CUAUAAUUUAAGAGAUACUAGAGUGGUUAGUUUCAUUAAUCUGUAUUGUGGUGGUCUCCUUGUAGGUUUGAUGUCUUAACAUAAAAUAAUGCACAUCGAUAAAUGGUGUCUAUACCAUUAUGAGUCUUAUUUAAAUAAAAAAAAAAAAACUUUGCUAGCAAAUGCUAGAACAUAUGGCAUGCGUCCAAUAUCUGAGUGAAUGCACUGAUCUAAUAGACAAUACAUUGUAUAAACCCAGCAUCCUACACGGAUGAUCCACUCGUUUCUGCCGGCAGGAAGACCGGAGUCCUGAGACCGUUACUUGUUCUCUACUUCCGGAUUACUGCUCAUAAUGCUCGCUCAGUUGUAUAGUUCAUCACCCGAAUGAUAUUUAAGAGCGAUUGUUUUGUAGAUUAGUGUGUAUCUGGAAGACGAGCUCUGAACUACGUUUUCAUCUACACAAGCAACCGUUGGAGUUAACGUUACGCGUUUAAAUGGAACUUGUAAGAUUUAUGAACAAUCGUGCACCAUCUAAUAAGAGAUAUCAGCCAACAGAAUAUGAGCACGCUGCUAACUGUGCCACGCAUGCGCUCUGGAUCAUUCCCAGCAUUGUGGGUGGGAUCUUGUUGUACCUCUUAUCUGAUGACCACUGGGAGGAGAUUUCAGCAUGGCUCUAUGGGGCAGGCCUAUCAAGCCUUUUCAUCAUAUCCACAGUUUUCCAUACUAUCUCCUGGAAAAAGUCUCAUCUCCGAUCGGUUGAGCACUGUUUCCACAUGUGCGACAGGAUGGUGAUCUAUUUCUUCAUUGCAGCGUCCUACACACCUUGGCUGACGCUGCGGGAUCUUGGUCCAUGGGCUGCCCAUAUGCGUUGGGUGGUCUGGGUGAUGGCCUCUGGAGGAACUGCCUAUGUGUUCUUCUUCCAUGAAAGGUAUACAUGUGUUAAGAGUAUUAAGAUAAUCAUUAAUAAUGAUUAA